ACGACGGAAGGAGCUUACGUAAAGUCAAGUCAUUUCCGGGAAGUGGGGCCACGCUUUGUUAGCUGCAACAUGGAGGCGGCUGGUGGAACCGAUGAGCUGGUUUCCGGGGAACUGGUGUCAGUGGCACAUGCUCUUUCUCUCCCAGCCGAGUCCUAUGGCAACGAUCCUGAUAUUGAGAUGGCUUGGGCCAUGCGAGCAAUGCAGCAUGCCGAGGUCUACUACAAGCUGAUUUCAUCAGUUGACCCCCAGUUCCUGAAACUCACCAAAGUGGAUGACCAAAUCUAUUCUGAAUUUCGGAAAAAUUUUGAGAAACUCAGGAUAGAUGUAUUGGACCCAGAAGAGCUCAAAUCAGUAUCAGCUAAAGAGAAGUGGAGGCCAUUCUGCUUGAAGUUUGACGGGGUUGUAGAAGACUUCAACUACGGUACUUUGCUGCGACUGGAUUGUUCUCAGGGCUACACGGAGGAAAACACCAUCUUUGCCCCCAGAAUACAGUUUUUUGCCAUUGAGAUUGCUCGGAACCGGGAAGGCCAUAACAAAGUAGUUUACAGCAGUGUUCAGGACAAAGAAAAUGAGAAAGGAGCUGACAGAGGAGAAAAAGAAAAAACUGACAACAGAGCAGGAAGAGAUGAAACAGCCCACAAAGGAGUCGACAAACGUGGUGAAACAGCUGUGUAAGGUAGACGGGGAGCAGCACUCUGGACACUGACUCAGCAGAGCUGACAGACGCCAUGAUGCUACUUGCACAGACCCCUGUGGUUACAUGUAUGUCCUGUGCCAUAGAAGGACAUGCACAAGGACACCUCUGUAGCCUAAUAGUCAGGAGCUGCUCUGCUGCUUCUGUAUGAAGUGGCUUCAACACUAUUAGUAGGCUCAUAGUUGAUGGUUUCUUGGUAUAUUUUUUGUUGGCUCUCUUCACCGGCCAAGUAAGAAAUCUUGUAAAUAAAUUUCUUUUGGUUCUUA